CUGAUGCCUGGCAUGGCUUUCUGCGACCGGGAAGGCGGGGACAGACCCACCAGCUCCACCCAGAUACUCUUCAGUGUUUCGUCUGCGCUGCGGUGCUCAAUUGCCGCGACUUGGCGAUGCAUAUCGACCUGUGUCGACUGAGAGCAUCCGAAUUUCAGGGCCGUCUAAGCAUCUAAUCAAAUCCAGAUGUGGCUACUGCGAGGCACGGCAAUAUUUCAUUUCUCUUUCUGGCUCCCACCACCACCUCUCUUCCCUUCUCCUCUGUUUCUCAGCGCCUGGUCGCGUGUUAGCCUUUCUUUAUCAUGGACUACACUGUUUCGGCGACACUGUUUGCAAAGCUUUGGGAUGGGACGCCGGAUGCUGCUAUGGGGGAGAUAACGGCGACGAUGUCUGAGCUGCUCUUCUACGGCAUUUUCCUAGUCCUGGCGUCGUUUUCGGUCAACCUCAUCCACCGACGCCAAGCCGGCAUCAGCGGUCUCGUCCUCAAGCUCGCUACGCUGCUCAUGUUCGUGCUGGCCACCUCGCAGCUCUUGGCGCGGAUCCUUGCUUGCACCCAAUCUAUUCGCGCGCUCUAUCUCGCAGUCCAAGGGCGGGUCCCACCCACGGAUGCUCUCGCGCGUAACCUCGCAUUCAACUUUGCAGAGGAUAUCCUGCUGGUGACCAACAACAUCGUCACUGAUGGAUUACUUAUCUAUCGCUGCUUUCUGAUUUGGGGACACAAUUACUAUGCCAUCGCCGCUCCCGCUGUUAUGCUGCUGCUCAGCACGAUUCUCAGUUACAUUGCCGCAUAUGAGGGCGAUUACCCUGGUAUCGGGGGGCCGUCCGUCGAUCCCCGCAUCGGAUUCGCGCUGAGUGUGCUGACGAACAUCGUCCUCGUUGGCCUGACCGCUGGUCGCAUCUGGUACACCCGCGUUCACGCCAGCAGGCUCGGUCUCAAGGCCGAUAUCGUGCGCCGAUACAACUCAGCGACGGCUAUGGUGAUUGAGUCCGGUGGGAUUGUCUGCCUGUGGACUAUCAUCUACGUCAUCAUGCGGUCGACUAAUGUUUCCCCCACUGUUUGGAGAGUCUUCCGCGGUGGCUUGGCUCAGAUCUUGAACAUCGCCCCUACCCUCAUUGUGGUGCGUGUGGGAAUGGGCAAGAGGACUGUCACCACAGAGUCGGAUUCUACCGAAAUCGGGACGUGGAAAGCCAAAAGUGCUUCGGGCUCGACGAUGAUAGCGGAGACAACGGUUUAGGAUCAGUUCGUGAAAUAAAUUUGAAUGUAUUGAAUUAAAUAUGGAUGUAUUGCUCCGGCCCGUGAGCUUUUUAUUUUUAUUUAUUCUCUGUGAAAUUGAGACCAGACUUGAAAUCGACUGCGGGGCAGACACUUACUUACGUCAUCUAUCUCCCCUCACCUUCAUACUUGUUUCGCGCAGUAGUCGACUGCUCGUCCUAUUGCAACUAUGGCUCCCGAAGUUUUCAACCUUGCUCAGACGCCUAUUACGACCCAUGCAUUCAGCGCCGACCGCACACAGGUUGCCGUCAGUCUCAACUCCAACGAGGCACAGAUAUUCACGCGCCAAGGCACGGGAUGGACUUCCACCGAGACGCUCGCCGAGCACGACAAGAUCAUCACCUCAAUCGAUUGGGCUCCGAGCUCGAACCGCAUCGUCACCGCGUCGCAGGAUCGGAACGCCUAUGUAUGGCAGCAGGCGCAGGAUUCUGCGACAGGAAAGCUCAUCUGGAAGCCGACCUUGGUGCUGCUUCGCAUCAACCGCGCAGCGACGUAUGUGCGAUGGAGCCCCAAGGAAGACAAGUUCGCCGUUGCGAGUGGUGCACGUGCCAUCGCGGUGUGCUCGUUUGAUCCCGAGAACAACUGGUGGGUCUCGAAACUGCUGAAGAAGCCCAUUCGUUCGACUGUCCUGUCCGUGGAUUGGCACCCCAAUAACGUCCUUCUCGCCGCCGGCAGCGCCGAUAUGAAAGCUCGUGUUUUCUCUGCAUACAUCAAAGAGGUCGAUGAGAGACCUGCUCCAACUGUCUGGGGAUCUAAGCUGCCGUUCAACACCGUUUGUGCCGAAUACGCGAGCCCGGCAGGGGGCUGGGUCCACACCGUUGCCUUUUCUCCGUCGGGCGAUGUUCUGGCCUUUGCUGGUCACGACAGCUCCAUUAGCAUCGCGUACCCGGGCGGACCGGCUGUGUACAGCAUCCGGAUGCCGUCCCUCCCUCUGGUGACUCUGACCUGGACCGGAGAAAACAGCAUCGUCGCUGCGGGUCACGACUGCCAGCCCCUGGUUUUCUCUGGAUCGCAGGACGGGUGGCAGAACGUGGGCAGUCUCGACGACAACACGUCCGGGAAGGCUGCGAACACUCGCUCCGGAGGCGUUGGCCGCCUCAACUCGGCCGCGUUCUCGACCUUCCGUGACGCUGACUCGCGUGGCCAGACUGGAAGCGGCUCUCAGGACACGAAAUUGGCAACUGUGCAUCAGAACACCAUCACCAGUGUUCGCCCGUACGAAUACAGUGGCGAGCAAGUCACCAAGGUCAGCACCAGCGGUGUGGAUGGUAAUCUGGUCAUUUGGGAGGUUGACAAUGUGUCGGCAUUGACUGGCCGUCUGGGAGGGAUGAAAGUGUAAAGUACAGUACAGAUGUAUUAACGCUACAAUGAAACGCUUGCUCGGAAAAGUCAUCGCAAACUGUCGCUUGUCAGGUCGGCAGAGUUAGCGACGUUCUGUUCGUUGAUUACAC